AUGGCCGCCAUCAGCGCCGCAAAGACAGUGUUCUCCGCAUUCAGCAACGAUAAACCCCAUUCGUCUAUCACGCAGUGGAUAGAUAUUGUCACAUCCAACAGUUAUGAGGACGAGGCAUAUGACGGCAUCCCCGAAAUCGUGGAUUCAAUCAACUUGCAGCCGACCGGACCUGCAGAAGCCUCCAGAGCAAUACGGAAGAAGAUCAAGCACGGAACCGUGCACAAUCAGUAUCGGGCGCUAGUGAUCCUGAAAGCACUUGUGGAGAAUGGGGGGCCGCGGUUCCAAAAAUCGUUCGCGGAUCACCAACUUACCGAUGCUCUGAAACACCUCGCGACGGACCCCACCACGGACCCUAAAGUGAAGAAGAAGUUGCUCCAUGUUCUGGCUUCCUGGAAUCAACAGUUCAAAGACGAUCCGAGCAUGUCUUUUGUAGCCGGCCUAUACAAGCAGGUCAAGCCUGAACGCCCGCGGAGCGUCGAUCCCCACCAGAUUGCGCAGAUGGAUGCAGAAAGGAGGAAGCGGGAGGAAGAGUACGAGCGAAAACGCCGGGAAGAGAAGGAAGCAAAGGAGGAAGCAAAGAGGCGUGCCAAGGAAGAGAAAGAGGCGGAGAAACGGAAGAGGGAGGAAGAGGCUCGGAGGGCACGGGCACGAGCGAACAGGAAGCCAUUCGUGUUUGAGCAGGAGAAGCCAAAGAUCCUAGAAUCGAUUGCGACCGCAUCGCAAGCGUCCAGCAAUCUCGUGAAUGCGAUCACGCUCGUGAACACGGCCAAUGACAGCCUGCAAGCCAAUGAGCGCGUGCAAGAUUGUCUUGCGAAAGCGAAGCAAUCUCGGAAGGUUAUCGUUCGGUACAUUCAGUUGGUUGAGAACGAAGACCUCAUCGGAACGUUGAUCGAAGUCAAUGAGCGCAUAAUAGCGGCCCUAGAGAUGUACGACACGCUCUCCAAACCUGUGGUCACCGAGAAGGACGUCGACGACGUACAAGCCGGUUUGGUGAAGGCGAAUAUUCACGAAUCGGAAGUGUCCAAGCUGCAGGAGAAACAACGUGCUGCGGUCCAGCGGGCCGUGAAGGCCGGGAGCACGCGCGGAAAGCAACGCGAGGAAUCUUCGUAUGAAGCUCAGAGGGCCACACCGGCGCACCCCGACUUACAGGAUCUAAGCUUCGGCGCCAUAGGAGACGAGAAGAGUCAGCUCCCGCCUCCGAUGAGGCCCAAUGCGCCCCGGUCCAGCGAUGAUUACGGCUAUGAUGGUUAUCGUCGCGGGUCACUCUCCGACUUCAGCGACUACCAGUCAUCGGAUGAAGAGGCGCAUGAUAAGCACGCAUAUGCGUCUGGCUCCUCAGGGAGGAAUUAUGUCCACGUGUCCGACGACGAAGAACCCGGGACUCAGCCGAACAAGGGGUUACUGGAGGAAGACCCAUUCGCAGACCCUUUCGUAGAUCCCGAAGACGAGGGUGUUACGCUAGGGACGGAGGUUCAGCAUGGAAUGAAAUGGUAA